AUGCCAAACAACGGCACUAAAGAGUCUGCCACAGUCUCGCAGACAAUCACGCAGAGGAUUCGGGAUGUUUCCCCGGCUCUCAAUGACGGGGUCGAAUGGAAAAUCAUAGACCACAAAACGGAAACACGGGACGACGUUGAGAUCAUCACGGUAAAGCCCACUGUCCAAGGUCCAUACGUCCUCCUCAGGGUCGAGUUCAAGAAGCCCAACUCCCGCCAUACUCUGGUUCAUUGGUUCACUGAACGCGAUAUCAACCUGAAGAAUGAGCAGAAAUCGCUUUCGUACUGGGAAAAGCAAGGAGGUCGAUGCCCCAAGAGUGAGGCCCAGUGGUGGUGGGCUUCUGGUGUCAAGGAAACAUACAUUGAACUGUAUGAAGAAUGGUUCAAUCGUGCGAGCAACUCUAGCUAA